AUGAGCGACAACAAUAUAGCAAAUGAUAUAAUUGUUGAUUCUGGUAAUAAUGAUGACAGUAAAAAAGAAGUGGAAAAGAAAGAAAAAGUGAAAGAAAAAGAAGAGAAGGAAGAAGUUAAGGUUAAAGAUGAAGAAGACAUUAAAAAAGAAACUAUCACUAUUCCUACUAAUAAUAAUAUCAAUGAUACUGAUAACAAAGAACAAGUUUUGACACAAACUUUGGAAGUAAAUGAUAAACAUGAUAAACAAAAUUCACAGCCAACAAUUAUUAACAAAGUAAAUGAUGGUAAGGAAAGUCAACAAAAUGAGCCUCCUAAUCCAGCAACUUCACCUCUUCUUUCAACUUCUCCAAAUUCCGGUGAACCAAAGAAAUUUGAUUUUAUGAAAAAGUCACUUCCUAUUCAAUCAUCCAUCACAAAUGUUCUUCCUCUUACAUUAGAUUCUAAAUCUCAAAAUUCUUCUAUAACCACCACCAAUACAACCAACAACAAUAUAACAGAAGAAAUAAUGAUUGAAAAUAAUCAAGUUAAUGAGGCUAAGGAUGAUGAAAUGGUUGAAUGCAGCCAAACAAAAUCACCAGUCACGUCUACUAACAAUGAAACAAAUGCACAAAAUCCAAGACAAUUUUUCAACUUUGCUAGUAAAUGGAGCAAUGUUCGUGGAUUUUUUAAACGUUCUAGCACAACUGUUGUAAAUAAAUCACGUGAUGAAUUAGAUGAAUCCGAUAAACAUGAAGAGGAACCAGGUACUAUAGAUGGUCAAAAUGCUGAUAAAAAAAUUGAUGAAAUUUCUAAACGUGAUCAAUUAUUGGAAGGAUCAAACAUUAAUGAUAAUAAAUCAACAAAUCGUUCAGUUAAACAAACACAAUCAACUCAUCAAGCAUUGGCCGAAACAGCAAAUGCACUCAAUGAACGUGCUGAAAAACUUGACCAACUUAAUGAUAAGAUUGAAAAUUUAGCAGGCAAUAGUAAUGAUUUUUUAAGAAUGGCAAAGGAAUUAAGUGAGCAACAACAAGCAAAAAAUAAAAAAUGGUUUCCUUGGUAA